AUGCUUCAGUUGUUGCUUUGCGUUCGGCUGGGAAAGGACGACACGCAGUGGCUCGUGUAUUGGACUACCUAUGGAACCUUCUCUCUUGUGGAUCAAUUCGCCGACCGCAUCACUCCCUACUUUCCGCUGUAUUGGCCGCUCAAAGCGCUCUUCCUUCUCUACUUGUAUUUGCCUCAAACUUAUGGAGCGCAGAAUAUGUACGUCAAGUACCUCGACCCGGCGUUCGAUAAGUUGGCGAAACGAGUGGCGGGAAUGUAGAAGUUUGUUCGAUGCGCUUGGAUGUUGAUGGUGGAUGCAAAAAAGAGGACGGGGGAAUAUGUAAAGAUGAAUAAAAUAGA